UGCGAAGCUGGAAUCGGGAAGGGCCUGCGGAUACUGUGCAUAUGAAGUACAGGAAGUUCUCUUCUCAAUUACUUUUUGUUCUGCGUACCGCCGGGGAGAAACAGAUAGCAGCGCUAUGAGGACCUUUUUCACUGAAGGGACUGUGUUCGUUUGCAUUAUAUUGGUGUGUCUGCAAACCGUAAAUGGCUGGACUCCGCCUUCGUUUUGCCGUGGCUAUGUGUGUCCAGAGUACAGGCUUGUGCAUGCAUAUGAGAAUUUUGAGGAGCGCUUCUACAACACCAGCCACUGGGCAAUAACCGAGAUCGAAGACACGGACACUGGGACACUGAUUGCUGCAUAUAAUAAGCUGGAUGCUUACAUCAAUGGAGCGAAUGAAUUAAGUCAGAAGAUUCCACCCGCCAAUCCUGUUGCGGUCACUAUUCUCAAGUCUGACAGUGGGGAGGAGGAUAGAUAUUUUGUUUCUUUAUAUGUACCACCUGACACCUCAUUUCCCAAGCCUACUGAUUCAACCAUCGAGGAGUUCACCAUUCCUGCUGGCACCAUUUUUGUGAGGGUCUUUGGGGGCCGACCAUCUGUGAGCAACUGGCUUGACAACUUGGAAAAACUAGAGGAAGACUUACAAUCAGCAGAGAAGCAGUACAACCCCCUCAGACAAAUGGCUUUAGACUAUGACAGCCCAUUGAAGUUAUUCUACAGACAUGAUGAGGUCUGGAUCUCAGAGGCCUAAGGCCUCCACUGUCAGCACAUUGUGCUUCCCUCUCCUGAAUGCUAGAAUGUCGGUCAGCAUUCUCAUGUUGCAGCUCUUCAUGAGAGCGUUCAGUUGUUUGUCGUGUCACAAGGAUUUUUUUUAUCAGUUCUUGCUUGACAAGUUUUUUUUUUCCUGGUGUAGGGUAUUCAGUCUGAUAAUUGUGUUUUUCGAAAUAAAAUCCAUCCAUCUAUUAUUUGUACCCACUUAUCCUGGUCAGUGGGGGGGGGGGGGGUCGUGGGCGCUGUCAGAGACAGAAUGAUACACAAAGAUAAAUCCUUCUCAAAGAGAUAUUUGAGUUUCAGAAGGGUUAGCUGCUGUUUGAUUUCAGAUGCACCUUUUCUUUAGUGCUGACUUCUUAUGUGAAUAGUAAGAGAAACAAAAAUAGGCUAUGGAAUGUUAUUUAACCUCCCAGCAUCUUAUAAUCAAGUCUGUGGAUUCCUAAGAUGACAUCCGAAAUGGCCUUCAUCUUCACAGGUUUACAUUGCAUCAAAACCGCAUGUAUUGGCAUUAACCCAUUUAAGCCCAGGGGAAACUAAAGUCUCCAAAGUCUCUACCAGUUUUUUUUCCAUCUGUGAAUAUUUUUUGGAUGACUAUAGAUGCUUCAAAAAGAAAUCUCUGGGAAAAAUCAGAGCAUUAAUGGGUUAAUGAAAAGGGGAGUGAUGUUAUGCACAUCUAUAUAGUGUAGGGUUUUUUUUUUUUCAAAUAUAAUGUUGGAUUGUACUGAUUAAACAAGUUAUUUUACCUGA